UGCAACUGGUAUCCAACAUUCCAACGUCUUCCUUCCAAGUUUGGCUCUUUCUAGUUUCUAUCUCUGUAAAAAAUUUGAAAAUCAAAUCCGUUCAAAUUACAGAAAAAUACAGACAAGCCACUCCAAAAUUUCCAUCCAUAGCAGCAUUUAUACAUCAAGGCAACGCUGCAAUCACGCUCUCCUGCUCUUCUCGCCAUGGAAGGCGGCCAAGAGCUCGAGUUCCACGCGCUUCGCCCGUCGCCUUCUCUUGUAUCUCUUGUUCCCUUCUCGCCAUCAAUCACGUCCUCGCCUCGCCGGCUUUCAACUCACUUCAGCGAGCCGAGCCGCCCUAUCCGGGCAGCUCGGCAACUCUGUUGGGUGUCCCUCCAAGGUCGUCUUGUUGGAGCAGAGGAAGCCAGCUCGGUUAAAGCCAUUGGAGGUAAAUUGAGUGGAGAAGAGGGCCUGGCUUGGGAGCUCUUUAAACCCAUUCAUCGGAUCUUAAUUGUCGCCAUAGUCGCCAUUGCCGUUGCGGACUUGAACUUUAAGAAAUCUCGCCAGAUAUGGCAGCUGAGAAGAUCUGUAGAUCUCAGAGAUCAAGUUCUAUCCAGCAUGCAGAAGAAGCUGGAUGACCUCUGUGAGCAGCUUAGUUCCAUGAAAGAGAAAGAGCACCCUGAAAUUGGGUUUGACAUGUUCACAAACAGCAAGGAUUUCCUAUUUAGUGAAGAUAUCAAUCUUGGUCAGACCGGGUGUUCUGCUUGUGGUUGUCGGGUUUGCAAUCAGAAUCGUAUUUCAGAAAAUGAUUCAGUGCGAAACUCUAUCGGAAAAGCAUGUAGUAGAGAUGAAAAGUUCAAAUUGAAAGUACCUUUCACAAAUGGGGCAGAGCAAGAGGAGCGCCGGAUGUCCGAUUUAUCAGACUGGGCUCCAAGUGUAUCUUCUUCAGCAGAAAUCCAGCUUAACACAUUAGCAGUAGAGCAAGAUAUAUACAACCUCCAGAGGGAAUGUGAAGAAAAGGAUGCUACCAUAAGGGAGCUUGAAGCUGUUGUCCGCUCAUCUGAUGUUGCUGGUUCAAAGAGAAUUGCAGAGCUAGAAGAUGUGAUCCGAAGAAAAAACAUGAUUAUUACAAAACUGAAGAAGGAUAUGGCGGUUCUAGAACAACAGGUGGCACAACUAACAAGGAUUCAGAGGCCCUCCACCUUUACCACAAAACCAGAUGUUAAGAAACUUCCAGUCAUGUCAGAUAAUAUCCUUUAUGGCAUGGAUAGUAGCACUAGUCCAUCAUCUUCGGAUUCUGAUUCUCCUGUCGAGAACCGAUCGCGUGGUCCAGUUCAUGAACAUCGGAAUAAUCAUGCUCUUCAGGAGGGAGUUACUUUGGAGAGUGUGCAGAAAGUGUCUUCAGCUAAGACUCCAAACUCCUCACCAAGACCUAUAGACAAACCUUCAAAGAUACGGGAUGUGAGCCCUCUCAAGGAGAACUCCAUGAAUCAAAGACUCAAUUCCAUGGCUACUACAAGGCCUAGGCAAUUGGCAUCUGGUGGUGGAGAUGUAAAAAGGAAUAGGAGACAUGGUCGAACUUCUGCAAAGGACAUGACCCCACAAAAGAGAUGGAUAUAGUUGUGGCCGAGAUAUUGAUGCUUGAGGAAAUUUUGGUAUUAAACAUUGUCAAUUUCAAGUUGGCAUACUGUGGUGCACUUCGAAAGGCUUUUCAUUAGUAUCCAGAUCUUCCCAGCACUGUGAACAGAUGAUCAAGAGAAAAGGAAAUAGAGAGGACCUACUAUUGUGAACAGAUCUUCACAGCUUUGAGAAGUGUAAUAUUUAUCUUUGCAAGUAAAAACUUACUAUAAUUACAGCAUAGCUGCACAUAUUUUUAUGCAUCAGUAGAUACAGCACCAUAAGAAGUAGAGAAAAGGAAAUAGAGAGGACCUACUAUUGUGAACAGAUCUUCACAGCUUUGAAAAGUGUAAUAUUUAUCUUUGCAAGUAAAAACUUACUAUAA